GAGGAUUGGCGGAAGUGGAGGGCUAACUGCGCUGGGGGAACUUCGCCUGGAUGGCACUUUCCUGUUCUCGAGUCCGCCCCCGCCGGAGGGGCUCGGCUCCGGGAUCCAAGAUGGAGUCGUUGAGUCGAGCUGGGCAAGAGAUGAGUCUGGCGGCCUUGAAACAACACGACCCCUAUAUCACCAGCAUCGCAGACCUCACGGGCCAGGUCGCUCUGUACACUUUCUGCCCCAAAGCCAACCAGUGGGAGAAGACUGAUAUAGAAGGGACCCUAUUUGUAUAUCGCAGGUCAGCUUCACCUUACCAUGGUUUUACCAUUGUCAACCGCCUGAACAUGCACAAUCUGGUUGAACCAGUGAAUAAAGAUUUGGAAUUUCAGCUCCAUGAACCAUUUCUUCUGUAUAGAAAUGCAAGCUUGUCAAUAUACAGUAUCUGGUUUUAUGACAAGAAUGACUGUCACCGCAUAGCAAAGCUCAUGGCUGAUGUGGUAGAAGAGGAGACACGGCGCUCCCAGCAGGCUGCUCGAGAUAAACAGAGUCCCAGCCAGGCCAAUGGCUGCAGCGACCAGAGGCCCAUCGACAUCCUAGAGAUGCUGAGCAGAGCCAAAGAUGAGUAUGAGAGGAAUCAGAUGGGCGGCUCAAAUAUCUCCAGCCCUGGGUUACAGCCAAGCACUCAGCUCUCCAAUCUGGGAAGUACCGAGACUCUAGAAGACACACCCUCUGGGUUACAAGAUAAGUCUGCUCCAUCUGGUCACAAACACCUGACAGUAGAAGAGCUAUUUGGAACCUCUUUGCCAAAGGAGCAACCAGCUGUUAUGGGUCUAGAGUCAGAAGAUGUGGAGAAGCUGCCCGGAGAUGCAUCGCAGAAAGAGCCCAGCUCCUUCCGCCCAUUUCCCUUUGAGCAGUCAGGGGGAGCUCCUCAGUCGGAAAACCUGGGUGUCCAUUCUGCUGCUCACCACGCAGUCCAGCCUGAAGUCACCGCCCCAGUGCUGAUCACCCCCGCCUCCAUUGCACAGUCAGGUGACAAGCAUGCCUCGAGCUACCCAAUCCCACUGAGCCCUGUCCUCAGUCCCACUCAGCCAGCUGAAGCUCCUACCACACCUGUGGCCCACUUACCUCGGAAUAGCACCUUGAUGCAAGCAGUAAAGACCGCACCUCGACAGAAAUCUCCACUCCUGAACCAGCCAGCCUCUGAGCUAGGCCACAGCAGUCUGCUCGCUAACCAGAGCCCCUUCAGAGCCCCAGUGGGCCUGGCGCACCCAGCCAGCACGGCCCUCCCAAGUGUCGAUCUGCUCCAGAAACUCAGGUUGACCCCACAGCAUGACCAAAUACAGCCACUUGGGAAAGGUGCAGGGGCACCCAACUUUUCUUCGGCAGCUGGCCAACUGGCCACCCCUGAGAGCUUCAUAGAGCCUCCCUCUAAGACAGCAGCAGCAAGAGCCGCAGUCUCGGCCUCCCUGAGCAACAUGGUGCUUGCUCCAACCCUCCAGUCUAUGCAGCAAAACCAGGAUCCUGAAGUGUUUGCCCAGCCCAAGGUGUUACCCAACUCUAUCUCGGUCCCAGGCCCUCCACUGGUUACCGCAACAACCAUGGCAGUAUCUUCGGUCCUGCUGUCCCCUAGUGUGUUCCAGCAGACAGUUCCCAGGUCCACAGACCUAGAGAAGAAAGCAAGCUCCUCCUCUCCCCUCACUGUUGGAACACCAGAAAGUCAGAGAAAGCCUUCCAUUAUUCUCAGCAAGUCUCAGCUCCAGGACACACUGAUCCAUCUAAUAAAGAAUGACCCCAGCUUCCUCAGUACACUUCAUGAAGUGUACUUACAGGUUCUGACUAAGAGCAAAGACAGCCACAACCUAUGACUGCAGCAGAGUCAACGUGAAAGCUGGGGUCCACCUCACAACCAAGCAGGCUUCAUCCUGGAACAUCUGCUAGAACCUGGAGCUUCGAGAAGCCUGAGUUUGAGCCUGAGAUGAGCCUUCUUCCUUAAAGAUGUUUUCUAGAGACAUUCUCAGUGAUGACGGAGGUUUCACUGUGAAGCAUCACCAGCAGACCUUUGUUUGACAAAAACAACAAAAAAGACCUUUGUGCUGAGUUACGUGGGUGUUUUCAUCGGCUGUAAGCAAGUGUGUGCAAUGAGGAGCCCGAUUGUUAGCUUGCUUUCCAGGCCUCGGGGAGGAGCCACCAGCCUUGCGGCAGAGCUCAGUGGAACCACACUCUCCCUCCUCUUCUGCCCCUAGAAGCUCUGAACUGAAUGUCAGCUCCAGAGUAGCUUCAAAUUUUAAGGAUCAGAAUUUAAGUUGAUUCUUUGGAAAGUAUUUGUUCGAGUGAAGUAUAUUUUCUAUGAGCACCCCGCUUGGGCCUUAAAACUUCUGGGAUUUCUUUGUGUUUCAGUAAGUGUCCCUGGUCCUGCCACGUGAAGCACGGCUGUUUGGGUAGGGCCCAACUGGGCUCUGGUGGAGGAGGUUCCACACCUUUGCAGCACAGGCUGGGGCCGCACAGAUCCAGAUCCUACCAGAAGGCCCCGCUGUAGUGAACCUCAGUGGGUUAAGUGUCAAGUUUGUGUGUGAAGCGCAGCCUUAUUUUCCUUUUCUGUCUAAACACAGUUCAAUUAUUGUUGAUUGUUUUUCUUAACACUUUGGCAAAAGGACCAGUGGACCAAUCUGACAAAGCCAUUCUGGUUCCUCCCUCCAGUGUGCUGAGAGCAUUUUAAAGCUAUGCAGAGAAGGGAGCUGUACUCACACUGCCUGUCCUUUGUUGUAGAAUAUGGAGUCAAAAAGCAAGUGUGAGACACAGAACCUCACAGUAUCUUCCUGGGCUGCGAGCUCAUCCAGCCACAGCAGGAAACUGUACAGAUGCUUUGUGAUGCUGCUAUUGAUCUGCCAUGGUUUCUAUUUAUUCUUUUAUGGCAUGUAAUGGUGUUUAGUAAUAUUUUAAUGUAGAACUUGAUUAUUUCAGCAAUAGUGAUUUGAGAUAUUCUUUGAAUGAAAAGUGUCUUCGUUUCUACGAUGCAGGUCAUUUUGUAGUAUUUAACCAGUUCAGAUGCACUGCUCCCUUCUCUAAGCCCUAUUUAGUGAUGGGUAAGAACCCAGUUGGCUCAACCAGCUCGCGUCAGGGUUCGCUGUGAAGGAUGCUGGCCGAGGCGACAGUUCCCCUGAACACUUGCUUAAGCUUUAACGGGAACUCAAUCAAAGGCUCAUCGAUUUCUUUCUAGCUGAAAUUUUAGAAAAUUACUUAUUAAUUACUUGUUUUACUUGGGUCUUAGUUUUUUAGCCUAAAGGAUACUUCAGUUGGCUCAUGCUGAUGUCAGCUGCUUCCUGGCCGACGUCUCUGCUUCUCGGUUGAGCGUCUUCUCUCGCUGUCUGCCUAGUUGUGUGUGAAGUGUGCAGAAUUCAGGGGAGCUUAAGGCUUCUUCAUACGCAAUUAGAGGUAGCUCCAUGAUAGUGUGUACAUUUAGCAACCAAAAAUUAAUUGUUCAUGCAUCAUCUAAGACAGAUAAAGUUGUACUGAGAUGGUGAGUGUUGAUGACAGCAGGAAGUGGUGGUCACAGGGCCGUUCUCAUAAAGUGAGCGUGCCUGGAGGUUUGAUCACCCCUGCGUGUGGUCUCAGUGGACGUCAGUGAACAGACGAAUCAAAGCAUUCUUCUUCCAGUAGGUAUUUGAAUUUCACUAAUGCUUUUAAGUGUGUGUAAUAUUAUGAGAGGGUGAAGAGGGGCGACCCUAAAGAGCAUCUGCAAUCAGAUCGUCUGUUACUUUUCACCCUUUAAUCCUAGGAAUGACUAGAUAAACAGAGAAAUAGAAACUCUGAGAAGGAAGGCUUCCUCGAUGUAAAUGAAAACUUCUAAGUGCCGAAGUGAUGGAGACUUGAAAAGGGUAAACCUGUUUCAACUCCCAGAUUUAUAUACUCCAAGCAUUGACUUAAAAUUCAGAAGCCAAAAGUUCAGAUCAUGAUCGCUGGGAAGCCAGGCCAGAGUGAGUCCCCACAGAGCCGGGCCAGGCCUGCAAGUCAGCUCCAUUGCCUUGCUCCUCAUUCGGCCUUACUAUCCAGAACCUCUGCUAGCUAGCGUAGCUUGCGUGUUUACAGUGUCUUUGCUGGAACCUUAGUUGAACUGAAAGGGACAUUAGAGAUGCUUCUUGCUAGGUUGGCAGAGCCCAGAAGACCACAUUUAGGCUACUCUGUCCAUCUGUGUACACACCCCACCUUUACCCUGUGGUCAAAGGGUCUGGGAAGAACAGCCCAGAGUUUGGAGUGCAGCGUGUUUGGGGUGUCGCCAAUGAAUGACACUGCUCUUUUUUGUUGUAGU